GGGUUUUCCAGCAUGUUUGGGAAGAAGAAGAGAAAACGGCUGGAGAUCUCAGCUCCGUCUAACUUUGAGCACCGGGUCCACACGGGCUUCGACCCACGGGAGCAGAAGUUCACCGGCCUGCCACAGCAAUGGCAGAGCCUCCUGGCAGACACUGCCAAUCGGCCCAAGCCCAUGGUGGACCCCUCUUACAUUACCCCCAUACAGCUGGCACCAAUGAAGAUAUCUCCCAAGAAAGUCCGGUCAUCCGAAACGCCGUUGCCCAAAACCAUUGUUCGAGGGAACCGGCCACCCAAAGACGCAUCCAUCAAUGGCCUGCUGGAGGAGUUCGACAACAUUUCGGUCACACGUUCCAACUCCCUGCGCAAAGAGAGUCCGCCAGGCCCCCAUCAGGCUGGAGGCAUCUCCAAACCCUCGGGCAGUGGUCAUCCCACUGCUCCAGAGGAAAAUGGAUUCAACCACUACUACUCCCGCUACUCAUGUGACCUGGACACUUCCAGCAGGGACUUUUCUCUGGAUCCUGGCAAGCCAAGCUUCUCCAUAGAUGGGGACUGGGCAGUUGGCAGGCACUAUCGAUUCACCAAGCAGAAUGGCCACUCACACCCGAUACGCAGCCCCUUUUACCCUGAUGCCAUGCCUCAGAAAUCAGACUAUGGCAAGCUUCCCCCUGACUACCACACCUAUCUGGAGAGCAAAGGGCGGUCAGCAGAUGAGGUGGCCUCUACAGUUGGUAGCGGAGUGGGUUCCAGCGGCUACUACCGGGCAUCGGUGGGGGGCUCAUCCAGCCAGGACUACCGGGACACAUCAGUCGGAACUCCAUCUCGUGCAUCGCUACACAGCGAGCAGAUUAACUACCCUGACAGUGAGUGGAGUUACGGUGGCAUGAGGGACGAAUAUGAGAAGCGACCCAAGAGUUCCUACGUGACCCAGACCAGCCCCACGCCUGCGAUCAGGCAGCGAUCUCGGUCAGGCUCUGGGCUGCAGGAGCCAAAUGUCCCCUAUGCAGCCAGUGGGAGUUUCAAGAACCCUCCACAGGCCCACCCGUACAGCUCCUACACCUACCCACGCCUUUCGGAGAGUCUCGCCAACUCACAGACUUUAACUAAGGGUGACUAUGAGCGUCCAUCACGUGAUGACAGUCCCCAGGUUGGUGACACGUACCCCCGAGGGCCUCUUAAGCUACCUCAGAGCCACAUGAAGCCGCCUGGCUACCCCUCAAUGCACCUGCCGUACCCCCCUAUGUUUCACCAUUACAAACCCUCGCCUUACCAUCAUCCUCCCUCCCAGCCCAGUCCACCAUACACCCCGCAGGGGGCCUACUCACAGCCUUCGUCACCUUACGUCCCUCCAGGGGCUUAUCCACCUCCUUCCUGGGGGUCGAGCUCUGACACUCAGCCCUCCAGAGUCUCUCAUGAGCAGUUCAGAGCAGCGCUUCAACUGGUGGUCAACCCAGGCGACCCUCGGGAAUACCUGGACAGCUUUAUCAAGAUUGGCGAGGGCUCCACAGGUAUUGUUUGCAUCGCCACCGAGAAGCACAGUGGCAAGCAGGUGGCGGUGAAGAAGAUGGACCUCAGAAAACAACAGAGAAGAGAGCUGCUUUUUAACGAGGUGGUAAUCAUGAGGGACUACCAUCAUGAAAAUGUUGUGGACAUGUACAAUAGUUACCUGGUGGGAGACGAGCUUUGGGUCGUCAUGGAGUUCCUGGAGGGCGGGGCACUCACUGACAUUGUGACUCACACCAGGAUGAAUGAGGAGCAGAUUGCUACAGUAUGUCUGUCGGUGUUGAAGGCUCUGUCCUACCUGCACACACAGGGCGUCAUCCACCGCGACAUUAAGAGCGACUCCAUUCUCCUAACCAGCGAUGGCAGAAUCAAGCUAUCAGACUUUGGCUUUUGUGCCCAAGUUUCCAAAGAGGUACCCAAGAGGAAGUCCCUCGUGGGCACGCCCUACUGGAUGGCACCGGAGGUCAUUUCAAGAUUACCUUAUGGGACUGAGGUGGACAUCUGGUCUUUAGGCAUUAUGGUGAUUGAGAUGGUGGACGGAGAGCCCCCUUACUUCAAUGAGCCCCCCCUGCAGGCCAUGAGAAGGAUACGAGACAACCUGCCCCCACGGCUAAAGGAGUCCCAUAAGGUGUCAUCCGUGCUGCGCUCCUUCCUGGACCUGAUGCUGGUAAGGGAGCCAUCCCAGAGAGCCACAGCACAGGAACUCCUCCAGCACCCCUUCCUAAAGCUCUCGGGACCCCCUUCCUGUAUCGUUCCCCUCAUGAGACACUACCGCCAUCGCUGACCCGCUGGCUCAAAUCCCAGCCCUCUUCUCCACUAAAAACAUUCACAUAAACUCACUACCAGGGUGGCACUGCCCUCACCCAGCCAAAACACCCCACUGCUUGGUGGCGUGCCAUCAAUUCUCACACCUGUAACCGUGAAGUAGAUUAGCUAGAGGAAUAUCUAAGACAUACAUUAAUAAAAAUUAAAAAAAAAACACAUAACAGAGAAAAGAAGAAAAAAAACUGAAACCACAAACUGGAGUAGAAGUGCCAGAGGAACUCUCUAGACAUCCAGCAAAAUAUUUGGACUGCCUCGCCCUGCUGCAGUCUUUUCUUUUUUCUUCCUAGACUGUAAGUCUUCAGCUCCAUGUGGACUUGUACUAGCCAUCAAGAGCUUCAGAGGGGGUGUGGCAACAUGCAAGGACCCAAAUCAACCGGCGCCCUGCUUCAGACCCGAGCAGCAGAAGGCAGAACAAUCAGUGUGAAGAGAGAGGUUUUCGACUGGUUAUGACUGUUACCGCUCAUCAGUCCAUGACAAGAAGCGCAGGCUGCUGCUCAGCUGCUCAGAGACGAGCUCUCUCGCAUCUCUUCUCACACACUAACAGUGAAAAUGUAUUUUAGAGAAACCUGUAAGUUUUUCUGUACAGUUUUGAUAACUUGCAGUAUUUUAUCGUGUCGUAACCAUUGUGAUAUGAGCAGUAUUAAAUAGAGUUUCUGCAGAGAUCUUUCCUACUGUUUAUAAUCCAGUUUUUGCUUAAAGAUAUAAGAGAUAUCCCAAAUAAACCCACCUUAAAACCUGUUACACACAAAAAAAAAUACUAAAUAUAUUUAUUAUCUUACAUUUGUAGACAGAACUUCCAUUAAAUGUUGGGAAAAAAAAGGUAAUGUCAGAAUUUUGUAUGACAUUUUAAAGUAUUUAUUUAUUUAUUGGAAUUGAAGGUAUAUUUUUUUGGUAGUGUGGCCUUUUUUGUUUUUCUUUUUAUUCUUGGGUUUUGAUUUCGAUUUCUAAGAGCGCAUUGGCAGACGGUCGGUUUAGCAUCCAAGCAAUACCCCAAAUCUGCUGUAUUUCUGAAUCCAUGACACCCUGUAUUAAUGAUACUGUAACAACAUCAUGCAUUUAAAUGUAGCACAGAUUGCGUGGAUUUGAGAAGGAAAAAAAAAAAAAA